AUGUCUCGAUUGCCUAGAAAUAUACUUACGUUGAUAUACAGUCUUCUCCAGACAUUAUUCCCGAUUCUAGUGUCGACACCGAGCAAAACACUCCGAGCAUUCCUAUUUCAAAAGAUAGUUUCGGAUUUACGAUCAGCUAAUGCGAAGACUACGAAUCACAAACUAAAUAGAACCAUCCAAACUGUGCUGUUCAACCUGGUCGUUGCUGACCGAUCUUCAAGCAAGGCUCUCUGGUCGGUAAAGAUUACCCGCGAGCUAUGGAAGCGCCAGAUAUGGACCGAAUCAAAGGCGGUGGAAAUCAUGAAAGAAGCUGCACUGGCUGAUAAUGAAAAGGUUAUCAUUGGUGGUGUCCGGUUCUUCCUGGGUGGUGAUAAAGAGAGAGAAGAACUUGAGGAUGAGAGCAGUGAUGACGAUGUCAUAGACGUUGGCAAGGUCAAACAUCAAGCUACCAUCAACAAGGGGUCGAAGAAGAGGGCAAAAGCCAUUGAAAAGGCGAAGGCAAUGGUGAAGAAGAAGGAGAAGAAAAAGAACGCUCCUCACCCCUUGAAUUUCUCGGCCUUACACCUUCUACAUGACCCCCAAGGCUUUGCAGAGAACUUAUUUCAGAAGCAUCUACAAAACACCAAAGCGAAACUGAAUCUUGAACAGAGGCUAUUGGUGCUGCAGCUAGUUUCUCGACUAGUUGGCUUACACAAACUCACCAUCAUCCAACUAUACUCCUACUUCCUGAAAUACCUUACUCCAAAACAGCCGUCCGUCACGUCUUUCCUGGCAUCACUCGCUCAAUCAUGUCAUUCGCUUGUUCCUCCAGAUACCCUAGAACCUUUGAUCCAGAAGAUUGCGAACGAAUUCGUCUCUGAAGGUUCUGCUGCGGAAGUUGCAUCAGCAGGUCUCAAUGCCAUCAGAGAGAUAUGUGUUCGACAGCCACUGGCAAUGAAUGAUACCCUGUUACAAGACCUUGUGAUGUAUAGGAAGAGUAAGGACAAGGGCGUCAUGAUGGCAGCUAAGGGUCUUUUGAGCUUAUACCGAGAAGUUGGCGCAGAAAAGCUGAAGAGGAGAGAUCGAGGCAAAGACGCAGCUAUGGGAUUGAAGAUUGGAGAGAGAAAGUCACAACGAUAUGGAGAAGAGGAAAUCGGUGAAAUUGAAGGCCUUGAGCUACUUGAAAAGUGGAAGGAGGAAGAAAGAAGAAAGAACAGGAGGGAGAAUGGCCUUCCAUCUGACGGGGAGUCCGAUGAAGACGAGGAGAAUGAAAAUGACUGGGCGGCAUGGAAUAUGGAGGAGGAUGAUAGCGACGACUCUGGCGGGUGGAUUGACGUCCAAAGUGAUGUUGAUAUUGUGUUCAGUGACUCUGAAGACGAUGAACCAACCGCCAAGAAGGCUAAAACAGACGAGGAUGCUACUAAAGCUGGCGACGAUAAAAAAACAGAAGAGUCUGAGGCAAAGAAGAUAUCACGUCUCGCAACAACCCGCAUUCUGACGCCUGCUGACCUGGCCAAACUUGCAGAACUACGGGCCGCUGCCAGUGUCAACGCCUUGCUCCCUGAGAACAAGCGCAAGAGGUUGCUACAGCAAGCUGCUGCGAACCGACAUGCUGAUGAUCCUCUGACUGCUGCAGAGAUCGAAGGCCUUGCUGCUCUCUCGGCUGGGAAGCAGACCAGAGAGGAGAAGAUUGCGCACGUCAACGAGACCAAGACUGACCGUUCUGAGUUCAAGAGCAAGCUCGCUCGCAAAAAGGAAACCAAGGAGAAGCUAGGCAAGAGCUCAACGAACAAGGAGAAGGCCAGGAAGAAGAACUUCAUGAUGACGCUGGGCAAGGCGAAGGCGAAGGGGAAGCGAAGCCUUGUUGAGACCCGGGCGACGCUGAGAGCGCAUCAUGAGCGGAACAAGAGGGGAGGGAAGCGAGGAAACCAGGGAUAG